UUCUGAGUGAUUCUGAGUUUGUUCCUUGUUGUUCAAUAAACACGUAACAACAUAUUCAAACAUAUUCGUUGAAUGUGGGUAUCAUGUUGUCACCGCUUAGGGUACCGGAUUGGACUCCUGAACAUUAUAUUGCAAACAGAUCAACAUGUAACGUGAUUUUAGAAAAUCCUAAAAUUUUGAAAGAAAUUCCUUUGCUAAACUAUGCCCCGUUACAUAAUUUUACGGAUCGACAAUUGGUUAGAUUUCGAGGGAUGGUUCAAGACAUGCAUAACCCUGAAUAUUACUUUGAGCAGUACGAAGUAAGAGACACUCGAACCGGAACAUAUGAAGUCAGAUUUGGAAUGUAUGCAGACUCUGCACGAUGUAUGCCACAUGAGGAGAUUUUGGAGGACUCUGAAAGAAGUCGGAGUUCUGAAAGACAUACAUGUAUUGUUAUAUCGACGCCUGGUUUGAAUGAUUGGGCAAAGGAAAAAUAUGAACAACCUUUAAGAAUGAGUGGAAAUGGAAGCAGUAGUUGCAAAAGAAGCCUAGAUGAAUAUGCUUGCGAAGAUAUGGAUUGUUCCGAGCUGGUUAGAAAAAAAGAAAAGGUUUUACCAUGCACCAGUGGCAAAGAAACAGAUACUAUGGAAUGUGGUGCAGAAAGACAAAAUAUAUUUUCAAAAGACUAUCUAUUGAAUUUUCCAAUUCCAAUGGAGGAUGGUAAAGCGUGUAUUGUCAAGGUAUAUGAAGAUGUGGCUCUGAAGUUGAAUCAACUCAUCGAAAUAAUAGGUUUCGUUUCUUUAGAUCCUCUUCUAAGUACUAUGUGCAACGAGGACGAGACCAUGACAGAAGCGGAAAUGACCAUUCAUUGGCCACCUGCGUCUCUUGUUCCUCGGUUACACGCUGUCAAAGUAAUCCAUUUAGCUAAAGAGGAAAUCGAAAAUGCUCCAGAAAUUGUGUCUAAAGUUACAGCUAUAAGAAGCGAACUUCAUCUAGUAUUGAGUCAGCUUCUGUUUGGAGAUCGCUUGGCUGCCGACUAUUUAAUUUGUCAUUUACUUUCUUCUAUUUAUAUGAGAAGAGACUACUUUUGUCUUGGCACUUAUCCAUUAAAUAUAACACAUUUUCCCGUUGAUAAAUACAAAACAUUUGCAAAGGAUUUGUAUAAAUUUUUAAUGCUACUAGUCGAGAAGAGUCAUUUGUUGGAAGUAACAUUGGAGAACUUAAACGAUCUGACCUUAACCCCAAAGAAGGAUUACGAUUGCAAUAGGCUGAGUAGUGGAAUAUUUCAACUCGGCGACAACACUCAUCUCGUAAUAGACGAAACGGGAUUAACCACAGGCCAAGUUUCACAGGCCGGCCGAGAAAAUUAUAAUACAAUCUGCGAUUUAAUCAAUUUUCAGAAAGUGACGUACGAUUUUAAAUUUUAUAAGAUGGAGUACGAAACGGAUAUCCCGGUUUUAAUUUUAUCGGAAGCAAAGUCAUUCAUUCCUUGUCAGAAUCAAGUCGUCUUGAAGAUAGACACAGAAUCGAAGACUGUUUAUCCUCAUGUAAUGGAAAUCGUAGAACAGUACUUAAAAGGUGUGAACCGAUUAGCAGAUAUUCGUGGGUAUUUGAAAGUCAUUAGGAAUGCAAAGUUUGAGUUUAACGAAGACAUUGUGAAGGUGGUCCAGAAUGAUUUUGUAGAAUUGCGUCAAACGCAGAAGAACGUAAGUAUGGAUCAUUUACACUCGCUAAUGGUAUUGGCCAGACUAUUGUCCUUGUCGUAUGGAUUAAACACUUUAACUACGGAAUAUUGGAAAAUGGCUGUUGGAAUGGAAAUAGAAAGAUUGGGUAGAUUACCGGAGAAGAAAGAGAUUUAAAUGGUAUGAAUAAUACAGG